ACGCGAAAAUGCUCUAAGCUCCUCCUCCGGUUAGUUAACUAAUCCUCUCCUGAAACAUGACGAACGUGUGGGCCAAAGUGGUGCUGAAGUUCUUUAAAUAUGCACCCAGCUAUGUGGUCUGCCUGAGCUUCCUGCCCUGUGGCAUGAUCUUUGGAUACACAAUCUGUGCCUUUGUCGCCGAACGAAAUCUGAAUGCCGGACUCGUAUACUAUGGACCCCUGAUUUUGGGCGCCUGCUGGGCGUUGGUCACUGCCCUGGCCAUGCUGGCGGUCAAGUUCGUGAAAAAGUGCAUCAUCUACUGGCAACCGUGGUUGCUCCUGGCCGCCGGAGUCUUUAAUCUCAUAGCCAGCUGCUUCUACUUUGCCGAUGGAUUUGACCACGUCGGAGCCUACAUCUCCUAUGUGGCGCACAGCAUGACCUUCGUGGCUGGCUAUAGCUUCCUGCACACGAUCAGCUCCAAGGGCAGUCGGGCCCUGUUUCUCUCGGGAAGCUGCAGCUGCUACCUUCUGGGCGUGGCCUCCGCCGUGAGCUUGAUUGUAUCCGCCUACAGCCGGAAUGUAAAACAGUUUGCGGGACAGAGCACGGUGGCGACCACGGAGCAACUGAUCGAGGGAAUCUACGUGAACUUCGCCGGAACUUAUCUGAGUGUGGCGGCCGCCGUACUGGCCAUCGUGGUGGGCCAGAAGGUGCUCCACUUUUUGGGCACCGUCGAUCUGGUGAACAGCAUGGACAACGACCUGCGGAUCGCCAACUCCAAUGGCAGCAUCUUCGAGAAGCGUUCGGAGGUGAUCAAGCGGUUGCAGUUCUUCUACGUGACCAAGAACCAGCAGUGGAACAUGAUGCUGCUCCUGCUCUUCACGGAGGCUGUCCAGUUCGCCCUGUUCGUGUACUAUGUCUACUGGUUCGCCCUCAAUCCGGCCAUCCGGCUGACGUCCGAGUUUUCCGGCAUUGACGCCAUGUUCUGGGUUAUCUUCGGAGGCAGCCUGCUGGCCCUCGUCUGCCAGUGGUUCUUCUCGGUGAAGGUCACCUUUGUGGGCACCCAGGUGGCCCUCCUCUUCUUCACCCUGCUGGCCAUGAUCCUCUGCAGCGUCACGGAGUCCAGGUGGUCACUCUGGCUGCUCCUCGUGCUCUUUGGAAUGUCCUACUCUAGCCAGCAGAUCGCUUUGAUGGAGGUCACCCAUCUGCGGUUCACCGAAUGCAUCAUCUGCGUCUCAUACAUCCUGAAGUUGGUCUGCACCAGCAUCGUUUACUUCUACUUCGUAGCGGAUGCGAAGAACUCCUACUUCUAUGCCACCGACUCGAGCACCCUGAUGGCCCAGGGAUUCGUCUUCCUGAUCAUCACCGCGCUGCUGGCCCUCGUAGUCGGCAUGAAGGUCCCUCGGACGCAUCGCGCCCAGCUGCUGGAGAUCCAGUACGAGGUCUACGGCAUUAUCUUUAUGAAGCACCAGAUCGAGCAGCUCAACGUCCGCUGGCUGAACGACGGCACCAUUCCCACCAUCAACCAGUGAGAGAUGUGUAGCUACCGAUCUUAAAAUACACAUUCCUAUCUAUAUCAUAAAUACUCAGUAUUUUAUUAAUCGGAAAUAAAUAGACUUCUCAGUCUGAAUUUAAA